UCUCGAUUUUCCUCCAGUCAGAGGCAGAGGGCGUGGCUUUGCGGAUUCCAGUGUGUUUGUGAGUUGUGAAGCAGUGAGUGCAGGAAGUGAAGAGUCAGGGCAAGUGGCACAGUGAUAUCUGUGAGAGAGGGGCAGAUCGGGUUACGUGCUGGAAGGAAUGGAGAGCUGAAACUCGGAUCUGUACUCUGGGUUUUGGGGCCACAUUUCAGCCAGUUAUGAGGAGCAGGAGUAACUCUGGUGUUCGCCUGGAUAGAUAUGCCAAGCUUGUCCAACAGACCAUCCUCUGCCACCAGAAUCCAGUCACGGGUCUGUUGCCAGCCAGCUCUGAUCAGAAGGAUGCCUGGGUACGUGACAACGUGUACACAAUUCUGGCCGUGUGGGGGCUUGGUCUCGCAUAUCGGAAAAAUGCUGAUCGGGAUGAAGAUAAAGCAAAGGCAUAUGAGCUGGAACAGAAUGUGGUCAAGCUGAUGAGAGGCCUGCUUCAAUGUAUGAUGAGACAGGUUUCCAAAGUGGAAGAGUUUAAAUAUAGCCAGAAUACCAAGGAUGCCCUACAUGCUAAAUAUAAUACCAACACCUGCUCCACUGUGGUGGGCGAUGACCAGUGGGGCCACCUACAGCUUGAUGCCACAUCCAUAUACCUGCUGUUCCUGGCACAAAUGACUGCAUCAGGCCUGCACAUAAUCUACAAUCUGGAUGAAGUGAAUUUUAUACAGAACCUGGUCUUUUAUGUUGAAGCAGCAUACAAAACAGCGGAUUUUGGAAUGUGGGAACGAGGUGACAAAACCAACCAGGGCAUUACUGAGUUGAAUGCUAGCUCUGUGGGCAUGGCCAAGGCUGCCCUUGAGUCUUUAGAUGAGCUGAACUUGUUUGGUGCUAAGGGAGGUCCCCAGUCUGUCAUACAUGUCCUGUCUGAUGAAAUCCAGCACUGCCAGUCUAUCCUACACUCCAUGCUUCCAAGAGCUUCCACCUCUAAGGAGAUAGAUGCAGGGGUUCUGUCUGUUAUCUCAUUUCCAGCCUUUGCUGUGGAGGACAGUCAUCUAGUGCGGAUUACUAAACAAGAGAUCAUUGACAAGUUACAGGGCCGUUACGGAUGCUGUAGGUUUCUCCGAGAUGGAUACAGAACUCCAAAAGAGGAUCCCGGCAGACUAUAUUAUGAGCCUGCAGAACUCAAACUCUUUGAAAAUAUUGAAUGUGAAUGGCCGUUAUUUUGGACCUAUUUUAUUCUGGAUGGGAUAUUCAGUAGUAACCAUGAGCAGGUUCAAGAAUACAAGCAAGCCAUUGAUGAGGUCUUAAUAAAAGGAAAGUCCGGAGUGAGACUGGUCCCAGAGCUGUACAGUGUCCCAGAGGACAAAGUGGAGGUGGAAUAUGAGCACCCACACACAGUAGAUCGCAUACCCUUGGGGAAGCUGCCACACAUGUGGGGACAAUCUUUAUAUAUACUGGGAUGUCUAAUGUCUGAGGGCUUCCUGGCUCCUGGGGAGAUUGAUCCCCUGAACAGGAGAUUCUCUACAGUCCCUAAGCCUGAUGUGGUUGUCCAAGUUUCUAUCCUAGCAGAAACCGAUGAGAUUCAAGAAAUAUUGAAGAAGCAUGGAAUUGAAGCAGAGACAGUUGCUGGAGUGUACCCAAUUAGAGUGCAGCCGGCCAGGAUUCUGAGUCACAUCUAUGCACGGCUUGGUCGUAACCGGAAAAUGAAUCUCAGUGGAAGACCCUACAGAAAUAUGGGCGUUCUGGGUACCUCAAAGCUCUACACCAUUCGCCAGAACAUCUUUGCCUUCACCCCACAGUUCAUAGAUCAGCAGCAGUUCUAUCUGGCUUUGGAUAACCGGAUGAUUGUGGAGAUGUUGCGCACUGACCUAUCUUACCUGUGCAGUCGCUGGAGAAUGACCGGCCGCCCAACCAUCACCUUCCCAAUCUCUCACACUAUGCUAGAUGAUUCUGGUAAUGACCUUGACCCAGUUGUCCUUGCCACAAUCAGAAAACUACAGGAUGGAUAUUUUGGGGGUGCCAGGACCCAGACCGGCUUCCUGUCGAAAUUCCUAAACACAUCCUGCUGCAAACACCUGAGCUUCAUGGAUGCCGGUGUGGAGGGUAAGCUGAGCACCUGGGGCAGUGUCAACCGUGGGGGCCAGCCAAUCAUCGUGCGGGAGCCAGAUGAGGCCCCAUCAGCCGAUGAUGAGGAUGUGGAUGACGAAGUGUCACUGUAUCUUAAUCAACUACUUGGCAUGAGCUCCCCCAAACCAAGUCCUACAUCACAGCGAGGGGGUCGGCAUCGCUUUAAAGCUGCCAUUCACAGUACACGAGAUAUGUUAUCUCUGCGGAGCAAAGCCAAGGGUCUUAAUGUGCAAGACAUACAGAUGUACCUCCCAUCAAAACUGUUCCUGGCAUCACAGCCCUCCUUUGAUUUGCUGGAAUCGGCUCCGAGCUACCAGGCUUCAGGAAGGAUCCCAACAAUCCAUGCAGAACUUCAUCUUCCUAAGGACACAGAGGGGCAGGUAGAUUAUGCAGCUAUGGUCGAUCAUUUACGGGAAACCAACAAUUUACAGGAACAAGCGGACAUCUUGUACCUGCUGUACACCAUGAAAGGAGGAGAUUGGGACACAAAAAUAUAUGGACAGCCAGGUGUGACCGUUAAGGAUCUCCUGAAGGAUCUGUAUGGUAAAGUGGGUUCCAUGCGGCAAUGGGCACUGAUCCGAGGCAUUUCUGGGAUACUGAAAAAGAAAGUGGAGGCACUGGAUGAGGCCUGCACAGACCUUCUGUCCCAUCAGAAGCAACUAACCGUAGGCCUGCCUCCUGAGCCACGGGAAAUAGCCAUCACAGCGCCUCUACCUUAUGAAAAACUCAUUCGUCUUAUUGAUGAAGCCAGUGAGCAAAAUAGGACCAUAUCCAUCCUGACUCAGGAAAUUAUGGUGUAUCUGGCAAUGUACAUGAGGACCCAGCCAUCUCUGUUUGCUGAGAUGUUCCGACUGCGCAUUGGGCUCAUCAUACAGGUCAUGGCUACAGAACUGUCCCAUUCACUCCGUUGCUCUGCUGAGGAAGCCACGGAAAGCCUUAUGAACCUCAGCCCGUCUGACAUGAAGAACCUUCUUCACCAUAUUCUGAGCGGAAAGGAAUUUGGGGUAGAGAGAAGUGUACGAGGUGGAGAACCUUGGGUCAGUCCAGCGAUUUCUAUUCAUGAACUUGGAGCUGUGGGAGCCACAAAGAGUGAAAGAGCAGGUAUUACCCGACUAAAGAGUGAGAUCAAGCUGCUGGAUAAACGUAGGCUGUCUCUGGCUGCAGAAGGCCAGGACAUGGAUCUAUCUUCAGGAAUGUCACUGAAACCCGGUGAUUCCCUCUCUGUGUCUGGUGAUCUUUCUACUUCCACUAUAUCAGACAGCGAUAGUGCCAAUGAUAGCCGCCAAGGCCAGUGGCUUCGAAGAAGGCGCCUUGAUGGAGCUUUAAACAGAGUGCCUAUUGGGUUCUACCAGAAAGUUUGGCUAAUCCUGCAAAAGUGCCAUGGAUUGUCUGUAGAAGGUUUUGUUUUACCAUCAUCAAGCACGCGUGAGAUGACACCGGGUGAGCUGAAGUUUUCUGCCCAUGUGGAAUCUGUUUUGAAUCGUGUGCCUCAGCCAGAGUACCGCCAGCUCCUAGUGGAAGCUAUUUUGGUGCUGACCAUGCUUGCUGAUGUAGAUAUCCAGAGUGUUGGGGGUAUCAUCCACGUGGAAAAGAUUGUGCAUAUUGCAAAUGAACUGUUCUGUCAGGAGCAGAAGGUGCUUGGUGCGGAUGACACCAUGUUGGAUGUUGACCCAACGACUGGUAUUUGCCAUUUGCUCUAUGACAGUGCCCCCAGUGGACGUUUUGGGACAAUGACUUAUCUCUCUAAAUCAGUAGCCAUCACCCUGCAGGAGUCCUUACCCCACAGCGGAUGUUCCAUGCAGUGACAUAUACAGUCUGUUUACACUAAAGCUGCUGGUAUCCUGAGAGCCACUGUGAAGGAGUUUGGUCACCUCAUUCUGCCUUGGCAUUAAAUGCUGCUUCCUAUCAUUUGCUGCUGUUCUGUAACCAAAGUAAUGGGUAAGAUGUGCACUAGUCUUCAAGUCCAGACACUAGCAGUGCUUUCAAACAUGAUUUUUACAUAAGGAUUUUGGACCUGUUAUAUGAUCCUGAUACUUCUGCAUAUCCUAGUGAAAGAAUAUAUUUAAAGAAACAGACACGCAAAACAAAUCAAAUUGUUCAAGGAAAGUAUACUUUGGCACAACUCUUUGUGGACACACAGCUUCCUGUGGAGGAAGCAGUUAUGGGCUGGAAUGUGCCCAUGAUCAUUUCAAAGUAAAAAUCAUAAAAAAAGGAAUAUACGUAUACCCUAUACAAUUGAAAAAGUUAUGCAGCGCAAUCAGUUUAAAUAUGAAAAUGUAAAAGGAGAUUAAUUGUUCUUUGACAUAGAGUAAAAGAAGAAUGUCUAAUAACCAGCAUAGCUGGCAGAGGGACUUGGUACUGUUAAUCCCAGUGUAGUUACCAAAUUGCAGUAAAAAUGAAAUUGUUCUAUAGCAAUUGAACUCCUAAAGCAACUGUACAUAUCUUGAGGUCAGGAAGACACCAGUUAUACACCAGUUAUACCAUUGUACACUUGAAGUUAGCACUUAAAAUUCUGUUCCUGUGUGACAUUUAUGGAUGCACCAGAUCCAGGAUUUAGUUAGGCAUUUAAACAAUUCCCAGCAAUGUUCACAGUAGCUAAAUUUUUAGUUUCUGCAAAUCUGAAUAAAAUCAAAUAGGAGAAAGGUAGAAUCAUUGGGAGGUGCCAAGUUGCCAUCCUGUCUUUGAUUCUAGUCGGUAACCUCAGACCACAGGCUGCCACUCUUUUUUCCCAUAAAAGCACUGUCCCUGGGUACUUUACUUCUCUCCCUGCUUCUAUGGUGCCCCUGCAUCCCCUGCAUUACCCUAGGCCUAGGUGAUCACAUGUGCAGGAGUGAAAUCUUUGCUGAAUUCAGUGAUCUACAAGUGUACAGCGUGCUGGGACAUUGGAAGAUUACAGCAAAUGAAUAGUACCUGGGGCUGUGAAUUUCUAGAAAACAAUGAGGGGUGCUGCUGGGGUCUGAAAUAAGUGGCUACUAAAAUCACUGGAGGAGGGAGGGCAGAUAACUUGCCACACCUCAGUGACGCUCCCUUUCCUUGUCCUUUAUUGUCAUGUGACAAAUAGCAGAGACACAGUUUUCAAUAUACAAUAUUAAUGGAUGAUCCUCUGAUUUACAUGUUAAAAUUAGGUUUAGGGUUUGGUAUCCAUCUAAAGCUUUUGCAAAGGAUUCAGUAUCUAGCUGAAUGCAAAAAUUAUGGAUUCAGCGUAUCCCUUGUACAAAAUAGUAAGAUUUACUGAAGGUGGGCAAAUUUGCCCGGGUAUAGUAACCCAUAACAGCCAGUUACAAUUUUGAUGUGUAUGUACAAGAUGUGUAUGUACCUCCAGUGUAGAGAUUUCUGUUUGUCUGGGAUCAGUUAUACCAUCUAUUGCAGUAAAUGCACUGGGAUCUAUUCUUGUAAAGACUGCUGUACAAUUGCUGCUCCCAGCACCCUUCCAGUACUUCUAGCAUUGUAUCUGUUACUCGCCUCCUUCAACCAACAAGUAUACAGCUACAGUGGGUUUAAGGGGUGGUACAACUUUAAGUUAACUUUUAGUUUGUUAUAGAUUGGCCAUUUCUUUCCAUUUCUCAACUUUUCCUAUUUUUUUAUUUUUUUUAUAGUUUUUUAAUUAUUUUCCUUCCUCUUAUUCCUCUUUGAUUCUUUCAGCUGGGGGUUAUUGACCCCGAUCGGCCAAAAAACUAUUACUUUCUGAGGCUACAAUUUUAUUGUUGUUGUUUUUUAUUACUUUCUGUUCAGGCCUCUCCUGUUCAUAUUCCAGUUUCUCAUUCAAUCUACUGCCUGGUUGCUAGGGUAAUUUAGAUCAUAGCAACCAGAUAGUUGCUAAAAUUCCAAACUAGAGAUAUGCUGAACAAAUAGCUAAAUAUUUACAAAACUAAAAAUGAAGACCAAUUGCAAAUUGUUUUGGAAUAGCCCGCUUUAACAUACUAAAACCCUCUACCCAUACUAACCCUCUAGAAUAUACUAAAAGUUCAUUUAAAGGUGAACAAACCCUUUAGAUGAGUAAAAGCCAUAUGUUUAAUGUUUUUCUGGUAUGGCCAAGUCACCAGACAAGUGGAUCUUUAUCCAGUUUAAUCACACACACAGUGUGGGUUAAUUGGGCAGAUCUAAAUGUUUGUCCCUUAAGCCAGCAAUCAAAUCACAUGCAGCCAUCAUUGUAGGCCUUGGCCAAUAGGAUUCUAAUGCAAGAUAGCUUCAUAUUGUUCAAAUGUGUCCAUUAUCUUCCGUGUAUGUGUACAAACAUACCAUUUUUGGGAAAUAAUGGAAAACCUGCCGCCCUACAGAUGUGGUUGAUGGAGGAGGCUGAAAAUUAUGGUUCAGCAAGUUCUAGCGGGCUGCACAUAGGAUUUGCCCAUUUUAGGUCUUUCUCUGAAUUCUUUCUGAUGCUGGUUUCAUUUUAAUUAUUUUUCCCCAUUUUCAUUUGGAAGAUUUUUUUUGUUUGUGUCCCUUUUUAUUUUACCACUCCAUCCAUUUUAUUUAUGAACUUGUGUUUUGCAAGAACAUAUAAUUGUUACUUCAUAUUGUGCUUUAGUGAAUUCUAUACUGUUUUUUGAGCUUGUGAUAAUUUAUCCAAAUAGACAUAAAAGUUUUAUGUUUAGGAAAAUAUAUAUAUUUUUUAUUGGCCUUAUGCCUCUGCAGAAUGAGACAUGCACGGGCCUCUGGAAAGGAUACAUAAUGCUUCAUAUUUAAUA